GAUAUCAUAUGUGUCAUUAAUCUCCAGCACAACUGUGUUGAUUCACAGUGUACAGACACCAUCGAGGAACCUGUGCGCCAAGAACGGCUCGAAACUUCUCGUACAAAACCUAUCAUUCAGCACAAGUCAACACCACACUACUUCAUCAAUGCCUACUCUAUUCAUAACUACGAUCACAUCAAUUCUGUAAUUCCUGAGACGCUUCGUGAAUCACCGCUGAAGGUUACGAAUGUCGCAGAGGUUCGGGAAAUGGCCGUACGACAAAUGAAGCAGAAGAAG